GAGUGCGCGGUACGUCCCAUCCGGAUAUCACGAGCCUCGUUUCACCAACGUGGUCCAUUGUUAUGUGCUCGAAAAGUACCGGCGGAGUACAUUGUUGGCGGCACGCACGCGCGCACGACCUCCUUCGGUGACCUACGUCUCUUCGAUGUUCACCUCCAUCGGAGCUUCGUACGCGCUCCCAGGCCGCCGGCCUUUUUGAAGAUUCCGCGCAAAUUGCCCCGGAGCUAUCAAUGCUCGACCUUCGCGGCGGGACAUAUCGUUUACCGUCUCCUCUCCCUUUCUUUCGUCACCCUCGAUUCAUCGCGCUUUGUUCCUCGAUGAGCGCGCGCCAUUUAAUUGUCCUCCGUUUUCCACCGGCAAGCUCGUGAUAGGUAUUUCAGUGGGGAAAAUUUGACAGUUCUCUCUGCCCGCGUAUACGAAGUGAUGAUAUUGUAAUGACCCGGUAUUAUUAUUUCUCGGUGACAGUAAGGAUCGUGUAGAGGACGAACGAAUCUUUGCGGCUGUCAUACGAAGAGACUAUAUAAAAGUGAAAGUGAAUUUUUGUAGUGUCGCUCUAGUAAUUUUUUAGUUUGUCAAAUUUUAAAAAGUCUCCAGCAGAAGAUUUUAUAAUAUAUGAUCAUAAUAGAUGAUCCGCUGAAACUCAAGGAUUCCUCAUGUGGCGAAGAAGAAUUGUCGUUAUUGGUUCACCACCCAACUUGCAGCUUAUUAAAGCAGCUGAAAAACGGAUCGGCAUGGAGUAACUACUCGGGUCACAGCGACCCUUGGAAGGGAAAAGGGCAGCAGCAUCGCCUCCCUACGCCCUUCUGCCGCCGACGACGACAUUGGAUCGUCGUCGUCGUUCCGCAGCGAACCCCGCGUCAUUAUUAUUAUAGCCGCAAGGCUGACGUUUUUCCUCUUAGACUUGUAAAUAAAAGGCCUCAAAGUGUACGGCGCCGUGGAGAAGACGUUUCACCCGUUCGAGCUGAGCAGCAGGCUUUCCCGCGUGUUCCCCGGAACACUGCCCGGUAUACAAGCAACCGGAGCGGGGAAUUCCACCGGGGUGACCUGGUGGGCCAUGAUGAACGGUUCCCUCUACGAGGACAGCCCGCCGCCAGUUCCACCGACCGCCUCGACCCUCGUAUCGAUUCAACAGCAGACCACGACCCCGGGUUCUCAUCAAGCGACAACGCCGACUUCACCUGGUGCACCGACAUCAUCGACAACGACAGCGCCCCCGGCGCCUACAGCGAGUGCCAGUUCAACCUCGCCGAGCGCUUCCUCGGUAGCGAGCAACAGCGCGGCCGGACCGCUUCACAUACCCGCCAAGAGAUUAACGGCGACUCCGGGGGCGGUGGUUCCACUUACGGUGAGGUUGCCUGCAUAGAGUCGACGGGCGCGCCGGGCGGUGCGGGGGCAGCGGGCGUGAUAAGGCAUUCACACUCGUCCUCGGCGGGGUCCCAAGGCGGCUGGAGUUACAGUCCGCAUCAUCCCCAGGACUCCCACUACUCGUCCACGACGGGCGGCGGCGAAUCGUUGAACCAUCAUCAGGCCUACGGGGGUAACAAUCCCCCAACGUAUUACAACCUGGCGGCCGAUCCCACCUCGACUUCCGGUUCCUCCAGGGACAACCGGAAGGCCGGGGCAACCCUUAGCUUCUGGUCGCCCGCCACGGCCGGCUCGGCCGGCACCGCCGGUUCUACCUCGGAUUACAAAUCCUACAACUCAGCCGGUGCCGCGACAACGACAUCGUCCACUGGCGGUGGUGGAUCCACCGGUGCCGCCGACCCGGCCGUCUCCUCCUGCCAUCAGAGCUUCUCCCAGAGCUGGUGCAAUUACACCCCGUACACGACGGGGAGGCAUCACCAUCCGGUGGACACAGCCGGACAUCAUCAUCCUCACUCGCAGGCGGGGGUACCGUAUCUGGCGCCAUCCGCGGCGGACGACCGUGGUAGGGUAGCCGCCGCUAUGGUCGCCGCGGAAGGUGCCUUUCCCCACGACGGAUACGGCGGGCUAAGAAGCUACGGAGCGCCCGAGCCCGUUACUUCGAGCCCCUACCCACCUCCAGUGAUGUGGGGUUCCUCCCCAUCUUCCUUGUUUCCCGCAGGUUCGCUUGCGGGUGUCGGGGUUGGAGUCGGCGUAGCCGGGAUGGGCGUCGGAUGCGGCAGCUCCAAUCCCCUGGAGUGGACGGGCCAGGUGACGGUGCGGAAGAAACGCAAGCCCUAUUCCAAGUUCCAAACCCUCGAGCUGGAGAAAGAGUUUCUCUUCAACGCGUACGUGUCGAAGCAGAAGCGGUGGGAGCUCGCGCGCAAUCUGAAUCUGACCGAGCGUCAGGUGAAGAUCUGGUUUCAAAAUCGUCGUAUGAAGAACAAGAAGAACAGCCAACGGCAGACUCAGCAGCAGAAUAACAACAACAAUAACAACAGCAGCAGCGCCAACAACGCGAACCACCACGCGGCGACCGGUAGUCACCACCAUCCGAGCACCGCGCACGCGCCACCCUCGAGUCACCACGUGGUCGCGCAGGCGCAUCACGCCAACGGCUCCACGAAGCAUCAUCAGUGACCCGUGGCCUUCUCUGGAGUCGUCUUCGGGCACCAUCAUCACAGCCACACCUCGUCCGGCAGCAGUGGCAG